AUGGAGGAAGAAAAUCUUGUUACAUAUGCCGUACUUGAUAGGUUUAUUGAUACGUCAAUAGCUGAACAAUACGCCAACUCUGCAUUUCCAGAGCAAGUCGCUCGUGAAAAUGCAGAUAUGACACUCCAUUCUUGCGAUGAAAACUUUUUCAAAGGAUUAUUCGAUAAAGCAUGUACUCAAACACAAAACCAAUCAAUUAUAUACAACUAUGGUAAGUUUGUCAGACCGCAACCAAAAAGAUCGGGAAAACGUAUUAUUUUAAUCUAUAAUCAAGUGUUAAAAUUCAAUUUAGAUUUCAGAAUUUUCGGUCAUACAAGAGCAAUAGCACAUUUUACGUUUGAUUCUACAGGUGAAUUCCUCAUUACAGGUUCAGAAGACAGUCAAUUAAAAGUUUGGCAUCUCCCAUCUCUCAGUAUUGUUUAUACUAUGAAAGGCCAUGAAGAAGGUCUUAAAUCAUUUGAUGUUUCGCCAGACAGAAAGCUAAUUGCAUCAAUUUCUACUGAUCAAUCGAUACGACUUUGGAAAUUCGAUAAUGGUGCGGCCGUUGCGAUGAUAUAUAUUGCCGAGACCGGUCCAUUAGUUGCCAUCAAAUUCUCUCCAUGCGGAAGAUUCCUUGUUUGCGCUUCAGAUUCAGGUUUAGUCAGAAUCUUUCAGAUAUCUCAGCUUAUCCCUAAGCUAGACCAAAUUAAAAAACAAAUACAUGACGGUAUCCAAUUCUUUAGUUGCCCAGAUACUUUAACAUAUUUCAAUAAUUACGAUCCAAUGAUAUUUUUACAGAAUACGCCAGUACCAUUCAGACAACCACAACUACGCGAAUGCAUUCACUGCGUUGCAUACUCUCCAGGUGGCAAUUUCGUUGCAUUUGGUCUUGAAUCGGGAAAUGUCAUUGUUACAGCCAUAGAAACCAGCCGAACAUGGCGCUUCUAUGCCCAUACCAAUGCCUGCGAUGGCAUUUACUUCUACAAGAACAAUUUCCACCAAAUCUUAACAUGGACCAACAAAGGUGGCGAAGUUAAGGUCUGGAACCUCCAAAACAAGGUUAAACAAGUCACAUCCUUCUCAGUGCGCUUCCAGCAGAGCCGUUCUCACAUCAUUGACGUUGAAGUUUCAUGCGAUGAAUCAUUAAUUUUUUGUGUCACCGCACAAAUGAUAUUUGCAUGGAACUUGGACUCCCAGAACUCCCUCCUCCACAUAGAAGGCCUCAGUCAAGUCGUAUCCGUCUCUGCACAUCCAAUAAUUCCGACGGUUUUUGCGGUUGCAAUGAAAGGCAAAAUUUUAAUUGCAGAUGCUAUUAAAAGCAACAAACCGAUCAGGUCUCUUGACAUUCCAUUCGAAACACCCAAACUUAACAGAGCGCAGUGGACACCCGAUGGCCUAGGAAUCAUUGCUGUCGAUGCAGGAGGCGGAUAUUAUCAUUUUAAAGCCGCUGAUGUUGCUGCUUGUCGACAGAUCCCAACUUUCUUCCCAAGCGACUUCCUGGCAAGCGAAUGGGUACCUGGUGUGGGUCAGAUAGAAGAGGAGACAAAGAAACACACACAUUUGUCUCCUAGAAACACAAUUAUCGAUUCUGACAAAGUUAUUCGUUGCAAUGAUUACAAACCUGUAAAAAUUUUGAAUGAAAACACGGUUUUCCCUCCGGAAGUGAUGUCCGCGUGGAUAACGGAAGAGAAGUGGCUGACGGAGAACGCAGAUACAAGCCACGAUGAACAGGAAAUUGUUGUUCCAGUGCAAAAACCUGUUCAACAGAAACCAACUUACGAAUCUGAUGGAGAAGAAGGUCCUUUGCCUGGAACUGGUUACGGACCAAAGAAGAAGAGGAGAGAUAAUGACGGUGACUUCGUAGAUAAUUGA